UCGAAAGUUGGAAAGGGGUGCUUCUCAAUGGAAGGCAACGCGCCGGUGCCAAGAGUGGGGGUGGUGGUGUUCGUGAUUAAUGGGAAAAGCGUUCUGUUGGGGAAGCGGCGCGGCUCCAUCGGCGACUCGUACUUCGCUCUCCCAGGCGGCCACCUUGAGUUUGGGGAGAGCUUUGAGGAAUGUGCGGUUAGAGAGGUGAAGGAGGAGACGGGUCUAGACAUCGAGAAGAUCGAGUUCUUAACGGUCACCAAUAAUGUCUUCCUGCAGGAAGCUAAGCCCUCUCAUUAUGUUAUCAUAUUCGAGCGAGCAGUGUUGAAGGAUACCCUGCAGUCGCCCCAGAACAUGGAGCCCACCAAGUGUGACGGUUGGGAUUGGUACGAUUGGAAUCACCUCCCAGAACCGCUCUUUGGACCUUUGGAGACCCUGGUGAAGAGUGGCUUCAAUCCUUUACCACUCGGUGAAACCUGAUGGAACUAUGCAACAGAA